CUUCCGCUUCCGCUUUCCGGUGGCCGUAAAGUGCGGGCGGCGCUGUCGUGCGAAGUGAGGCAGGGGCUGUGUCUGAAGGCGAAGGGAACCAUGAUCGAGGUUGUGUGUAACGACCGGCUGGGCAAGAAGGUCCGUGUGAAGUGCAACACGGAUGACACGAUAGGAGAUCUGAAGAAACUGAUUGCGGCUCAGACAGGCACCCGUUGGAACAAGAUUGUUCUGAAGAAAUGGUACACAAUCUUCAAGGACCACGUUUCCCUGGGUGAUUAUGAGAUCCAUGAUGGAAUGAACCUGGAGCUUUAUUAUCAGUAGGGGCAGCGGGCCUGCCAAUUCAGCAACCCACUCCCUAUUUUUAAAGUCUCACUAAUAAAAAUAAUUUAAAUGCUA